UGCUUACUUCUCCCGCUUAUAAUCCCUACAAAUACUCCAUUCUCCCUCCACUCUUCCCAAACACACUCCCCCUCUCUCUCUAUUAAGUUAACUAGUUUGAUUUUUCCAAGUAGUGACUAAUAUUCAAGAGCAAUAAUUUGUGAAAAAUUGAGAUUUAAUCAAUGGGAAGGCAAGCAGUCUUAUUAGCAAACAUGGACAAUUACAAGACCUCCUCCUCCUCCAGCGACGGCGACGGCGACGACAGCUCCCCACUCAUGAUGUCCCCAUGGAACCACGCCUCCCCCCUACCAAAACUCCCAUGGCCCUCCUCCAAUAUCUCCACGCCGCCAGCCGCCCUGGUCGGAACCCUCCGCCGCAAGGAGGGCCACAUAUGCUCCCUCGCGGCCAAGGACGGCCUCCUCUACACCGGCUCCGACAGCAAGAACAUCCACACGUGGCGAGGCAUGAAGGAAUCCAGCGCCUUCAAGUCCAGCAGCGGCUUCGUCAAGGCCAUCGUCCUCUCCGCCGAUAAAAUCUUCACCGCCCACCAGGACGGCAGGAUCCGCGUCUGGACGAUCGAUUCAUCCGGUGGGACCCACAGGCAGAUCGGCACGCUGCCUUCGUUCUUCGCCCUGGUCAAGGCCUCCAUGCGGCCCAAGAACUACGUCCCCGUGGCCGCGAAGCGCAACCGCGCGGCGCUGUGGAUCAAGCACGCCGACGCGGUGUCGUCGCUGAGCGUGUGCCAGGAGAGCGGCCUCCUCUACUCGGCCUCGUGGGACGGGACGUUUAAAGCGUGGCGAAUCCGGGACUCCAAAUGCGUGGAGUCCGUGGCGGCGCACGCCGACGCCGUCAACGCCGUGGCGGCGGGGGGCGCCGGGAUGGUGUACACGGGCUCGGCGGACGGCGCGGUGAAGGUGUGGAGGAGGGAGGCGGCGGGGCGGCGGCACCGCCUGCUGCGGGCGCUGCUGCGGCAGGACAGCGCCGUGACGGCGCUGGCCGUGGGCGGAGGGGGCGCGGUGGUGUACUGCGGGUCGUCGGACGGGGUGGUGAACUUCUGGGAGGUGGAGAAGGAGGAGCUGACGCACGGCGGGGUGCUGAGGGGCCACGAGCUGGCGGUGCUGUGCCUGGCGGCGGCCGGGGACCUCGUGCUGAGUGGCUCGGCAGAUAAGACGAUAUGCGUGUGGAGGAGGGAGAGGGGGGUGGAGCACACGCGCCUGACGGUGUUGGCGGGGCACGUGGGGCCGGUGAAGUGCCUCGCUGUGGAGGCGGAGGGCGGCGACGAUGGGAAGUGGAGGGUUUAUAGUGGUAGUCUUGAUAAUACGGUGAAGGUGUGGAGUGUGUAGUGUAAACAUGAGCUCCCACUCACUUUUCCAAAUUUGUGAUAGUUUGGUGAAUGUUUCAUCUUAAUGGCAAAGUGAAUUAGAUUGUGGACGUUCGUGAUCUUAAUAUCCAAUUUGUACAUAUGGAAAACAUCACUCUUCAUGGGUUCGAGUCGAAUCGAUUGCCGUUGGUAAAUUAUAA